CCGGCUGUGUACUUGCGCCUCGGCGGGCCGCUUGGGGCACCGUCCCCGGCCAGCCCGGCCCCGCCAUGGCCAGGCCGCAGAGGACCCCAGCGUGCAGUCCAGACAGCAUCGUCGAAGUGAAGAGCAAAUUUGAUGCCGAGUUCCGACGCUUCGCGCUGCCCCGCGCUUCAGUGAGCGGCUUCCAGGAGUUCUCGCGGUUGCUGCGUGCCGUGCAUCAGAUCCCGGGUCUGGACGUGCUACUUGGCUAUACGGAUGCUCACGGCGACCUGCUGCCCCUCACCAACGACGACAGCCUGCACCGGGCCCUGGCCAGCGGGCCCCCACCGCUGCGCCUGCUGGUGCAGAAGCGGGCAGAAGCUGACUCCAGUGGCUUGGCCUUUGGCUCCAGCUCCCUGCAGCGACGCAAGAAAGGGCUCCUGCUGCGGCCGGUAGCACCCCUUCGUACUCGGCCAUCCCUGCUCAUCAGCCUGCCCCAAGAUUUCCGCCAGGUUUCCUCUGUCAUAGACGUGGACCUACUGCCUGAGACCCACCGGCGGGUGAGGCUGCACAAGCAUGGUUCAGAUCGCCCUCUAGGCUUCUACAUCCGAGAUGGCAUGAGUGUGCGCGUGGCUCCCCAGGGCUUGGAGCGGGUUCCAGGCAUCUUUAUCUCACGCCUAGUACGCGGGGGCCUGGCUGAGCGUACAGGGCUGCUGGCAGUCAGUGAUGAGAUUCUCGAGGUCAAUGGCAUUGAAGUGGCUGGAAAGACCUUGGAUCAGGUGACGGACAUGAUGGUUGCCAACAGCCACAACCUCAUUGUCACUGUCAAGCCAGCCAACCAGCUCAAUAACGUGGUACGGGGGGCAUCCGGGCGUCUGGCAGGGCUUCCUUCUGCUCAGCCUGGGCUUCCUGAGCCCGACGAUGAUGACAACAGUGACCUGGUCAUUGAGAACCAUCAGCCUCCCUGUUCCAAUGGGUUGUCCCAGGGAUCCCCAUGCUGGAACCUGCACCCCAGCUGUUUACCUCCCGGUGCUCACAGCUCUCUGCCCUCCCUGGACGAUAAGGAGCAGGCCAGCUCUUGCUGGGGGAGUAGCAUUCGAGGAGAUGGUAGUGGCUUCAGCCUCUGA